AUGCAAUGCCCCGAAGUGAACGAUUUUCCAGCACCAGGAAGCUUGUUUAACGUUGAAAACUUUCAAGGAGCCCUGCAAUCCAACAGCUCGAAAGUAGACGACUUUCAUUAUAAUCAUUUAUUGACAGUUAUUAUUCCCGACUCGCAGAAGUCUGUUGGAAAUUACUUUGAUUCUGUUUUGGAAAACGAAGUUUUUUAUAAAGUAAAUGAUCUCGUUUUGGAGGAUUUGGCUGAUCCCUCGUUUAUCUCAAGUUUUGUAAGGAAUGGUAAAUUAACGUUACUGAGCAUAAAUACUAGAAUCGACUGUGAUAACUGCAUCGGAGUGACACCAAAUGGUAAACUUUACCUUAGUAUAAACAAGGAGACAUACCAGUGCUUAGGAUUGGAAGGAGUAACAUCUCAUUUCACCAAAACAUUGGGAAACAAAUUUUUUGUUUGCAUCGACUUGGCAGACGAGAAAUUGCUAAGCAACAAAAAGAAGCUUCGACGUUUAAAAUCCCGCCUAAAGAUUUUGAAACCCUUCACGGUGCUCUUGUCUUGGGAACCACCGAAAGAGGACGUUUGCCCUUCAUCGAUAGCCAAGUACUUUUCAGAAGUGGGAUACAAUGUCAAGCAAUGCGUUCCCGCUUUACACUCGCACACUGCGAACGUCCGAAUACCAGGAAUACAAUUUCCUGCUGUGGAUAAACUCGACGUAUCCACUUUCGUGGAAUGGCUGGGAAUGGUCUCGCUUUCGUGCGAUCUAGAGCAAGACGAGCAACAGUACUUAUCGAGUUACUUUGGUCCCGAUACCGAUUGCGAGGAUGUUAAACCGGUGCGGUGUUUUCGAUUGCGAGGGUUCUUUACUUCUACUUCAAUCAUCCAGCAUAUAGAGAACAUAAUGUCACAAUUCAAAGAUGAGCCAGUAAAUUGGAUUGCGGUGUAUGUGCAAGGAUUUUCCGAUAGCCCUGUUGCAUGGGGUAAUCAGGAACACCAUUAUUUCGCGAAUGGAGAUAAUGGAUAUGUACUGAUAUUUCAGAAAGAUCGAGGAAUAAUAUACAAGCAUCAAUGUUCGAGGAAAAUGUACAAGUAG